CCUUGUGUCACCCGAUUAACGAGUUGUACGAAAAAGCGAAAAUAUUUAUUUCGAUUUGCUCGCCAAGCCCAUAUUGCACGAAUAUUAGCAAAAAUUCAGAUUCCGAAUAAAAGACAAUAAAACAUUGCCGUAUACAAAAUCUCGUGUUCGUAUUGUGUCGUGUUCGGGGAAGCUAUAAGUCAUUGAUCUAUAUAUUUAACAAGCGGCUAAAAUAUUAUAUUACUAAAGUGUUCGCAGUGGAAUGUUUACGUUGCUUAUAAUGAGGCUAGCGAUGUUCGCCGUUUAUACAGUUUCGCGAAACGAACUGUCCGUUUGGUGAUUGUUUUCUAAAGUUCGGCCGGGCUGCGAACAUUCGCGAGAGUUUUCUGCUGCUGCAAUGUGCUGCUGAACGGGUUACGGGACUCGAUCUCUGUGGAUCUCUGGUGCAAUCAUCCCAUUCCUCUCCCUCCACAUUCCAUACCACCAUUCCAGUGUAAACAUUAAAUAUGACAUUGUAAUAUUAAUAAUAUUCGGAGGAUAUUGUUGAAUUAUUAUAGAGUAUUGCUAUCCCUCUCCCCCAUCUCCCGUCCUGCUCGUAUGAUGAUUUGACGCGUCUGGCAGGAUGAGUUCGUCCCCCGCUGUGGAGACGUCCACGCCGACGGCUGCGCCCUCAUCCCCCGCGCUGCGGCCCCCCGACUACCACUUCCACACGUCCACGCCCAACUACCAGAAGAAGCAGCACCAGCCCUUGAACGUGGUGCUGUCGGCGACGGCGCCCUCCACACCCCCUACGUACGGAGAGCCGACAUUGACGCCGCCGCCGCGGUCCCCGGGCGCUCCGCUCGCGACCCCGGCCUCCGGCGACAGCAGGGCGCAUCCCCCGGACGGCACUUCCUCUGACAAGUCGUCGGAGACGGCGGUGGGCGUGUCCCGGACGCCGAGCGCGGCGCUCUCCCGCAAGGAGAGCUACAAGGCGCAGCGCCAGCACUACCGCAAGGAGAAGAAGCGCGCCGCCACCGCGCUGCUGCACUCCAUAGAGGACCCCAGCGUCGUCGUGCUCGCCGACUGGCUCAAGGUUCGUGGUUCGCUCAAGUCGUGGACUAAGCUAUGGUGCGUGCUGAAGCCUGGAUUACUCCUCCUGUACAAGAGUCCUAAAGCUAAGAGGAGCCACUGGGUGGGCACUGUGCUGCUGACGAGCUGCCAGGUGAUCGAGCGGCCGAGCAAGAAGGACGGAUUCUGCUUCAAGCUGUACCACCCGCUCGAGCAGAGCAUCUGGGCGCCACGCGGACCUCACAACGAGACCAUCGGCGCGGUAGUGCAGCCGCUGCCGACGGCGCACCUGAUAUUCCGCGCGCCGUCGCAGGCGGCCGGCCACUGCUGGCUCGACGGCCUCGAACUAGCACUCAAAUGUAGCAAUGCUAUGCUCAGAUGUUCGCGGUCGCGGCCCGAGGCGGCGGUGGAGACGGAUGCGCCGACGCAGACCAACAUCUCACACGAGGAGCUAGAGAGACACUUCAACGAGCACGCAAAGCCAGAUACUAUCACUGUACCACUACCGCUCUUCUCUGUGCUAGACUGCUCCCCUGGUAGUACUAAGUCGUUCGGCAAAAAGAUAUCUUGCGAUAAAGAUGAUGAAAGAAUGUGUAAAAGCCUAGCGGCCAGUCCCUUCAAAGUUGACUUCAACAAACACAUUAUGCGAUGCUUCGAGCUGCCCAAACUCGGUCUAAGCGACAAGAAAGACAAAGAGAAGGAAGUAGAAGUAACCGAGGUUAGAGAGUUUUCUAAACGUCGUAGCUCCACCCCAUCCGUUAAGUCGAAGAAUAAGCAGAAGAAAAUGAGGGAUUCCGGCGUCAAAUCCGAUUCCGAGAGCGAGUUAUCGAAUUUAAACGAAAUGAAUCAGAAGAAGGAGGAGUCGGAAGUCAUUUUCAGUUCUCCCGCAAAUUUUAUUAUAACGAAAACGGCGCCAUCUAUCGAGAGAUUCGACGAAAGUAUUGACAAGGACGAUAAAGAUGAGAAGGACGAGAAAGCGCCAUCUGUCGACAGCACCACGACUACGGACGACGAUGACGCUGAGUUUCGGAGCACAGCAGCCUUCAGCGAAAAAUACUCUCUCAUAAACUACGACAAACUGCCGUCCGUGAGUUUUGAGGCGGUCAAAACUGAGCGGCGAGACGGUAGAUUCUCCUCGCAGAAUGUCUACCUCGCCGGGAAGAUCGUGAGGAGUGAGCUGGCAGGGGCGGCGUCGGACUCCGACAGCGAGGGCUCCCGCGGCAUCGUGGAGGUCCCCGCCGACCCUGACACGAGGAAGCGGGAGGUGCUGGAGAGAAUCGACAGCACAUACGUGGAGGACCCUGACCAUGAGAUUGGCGUGGCCGGCGAGCUUGUGGAGGAGGUGGCGGAGGAGAACAAGUCGCUGCUGUGGUUCCUGCUGAAGCAGGUGCGGCCCGGCAUGGACCUCAGCAAGGUGGUGCUGCCCACCUUCAUCCUCGAGCCGCGCUCCUUCCUCGACAAGCUGUCCGACAACUACUACCACGCGGAUCUGCUGGCACAGGCGCAAGCGAUGGAGGACCCUUACCAGAGGUUCAAGGGGGUGCUGCGGUGGUACCUGUCGGGGCUGUACCGCAAGCCCAAGGGCCUCAAGAAGCCCUACAACCCGGUGCUCGGCGAGACCUUCCGCUGCUGCUGGCGGCAUCCCGAUAACGAGACGUAUACAUACUAUGUUGCUGAGCAGGUAUCCCAUCAUCCACCAGUGUCGGCGUUCUACGUGUCUAACAGGAAAGACGGCUUCGUCAUAGAGGGCAGCCUGCUCGCCCGCUCCAAGUUCUACGGCAACUCGACGUCCGCCAUCCUGGAGGGGUGCGCGCGCGUGCACCUGCUGCGCUGGGGCGAGAGCUACGUCACGACGGCGCCGUACGCGCACUGCAAGGGCAUCGUCAUCGGCACUCUUAGCAUGGAGCUGGGCGGCAAGGUCCACAUCAUAUGCCAAGAAACGGGUUACCACGCUGAAGUUGAGUUUAAACUCAGGUCGUUCCUCGGCGGCGCGGACCAGACGAACGCGAUAUCGGGUCGCAUCAAGCGCGGCAAGGAGACCGUCGCCACCGUCGACGGCUACUGGGACGGCAAGAUCGACAUCAAGGACAAGAAGUCUGGGGAGGAGACCAAUCUACUGGACGUGGGUAAGCUGAAGGAGCAGCGGCUGCCGCGGUAUCUGGUGCGGCUCGACCGCCAGCACGAGUUCGAGUCCCAGCGACUCUGGCUCAAGGUCUCCGAGGCUAUCUACAGCGAGGAUCAGGUGAUCGCGACAGAGCAGAAGACGAUAAUAGAGGAGGCGCAGCGCGUGCGCGCGCGCAAUCUUGUCACCGCCUGGGUGCCGCGACACUUCCACCGCGACAGCCUGCUAAUCCCGCCUGAAGGCAUCGCGGAUCAGUGUUGGAGAUACAACCACUCCAAUACCAGGCCAUGGCAGCCCGACGAGUUGAUAGAAUACGAGGAGGACUUCGUGAUAACGUCCGCGGUGGCGGGCCUCGCCCCCGGCCUGGCGCUCGCCGCCGGCCUGCCGCCCGGCCUGCCGCGCUCCGCCCCCCGCUUGCGAGACCGCUCCGACACAGACAGCCACGACGACCUGGCGCGACGAUCUAAGACAUCCACGCGCACGCUCAAACAGUCCCUCUACUGCAUCGAGGCGACGCUCCGCGAGCAGACCGCGGCGCUCGAGCGGCUGACCGCGACCGUCGAACUGCAGAGACUCCGCCCCCCGACCGCCGCCCCCCAGCCCUCCCACUCGUGGGACCUCACAGUGGGCUUCGUGCUCGCCAUGCUGCUCCAAGCCCUGCUCGGCUGGUUCCUCAAAGACUGAACGGUGUAAAGUUGUUUUGUAAUUUGAUACUUUCAGUACAUCGACCAAAUAGCUUAGUCGGUUUCUUGUCUGUGAAUCUACGAGACUGUGAAGACAGGUGUUAGAUCGCGACGUAUAAAAAUGGUGAUUGGAAAUUGAACUUUAUUUCUUUAUUUGCUACACAAGAAGAUAAUAUGUAAUUCAUUGCAUGCAGAUAAGAUUCUAAGCCCGGGCGCGCACUAGCGGUAAGGUCGCGGCGGCCAUCGAAUGUA